GCCGCUUUCUAGUUGACAACGUGGCCGUACGUCUCAACCAACCCCGUGUUUCAGCGGACCGGGGCGAUUCAAACAAGCCAAACCGGCCGGCUUUUGUUAAUAGCUAGUUCAGAGAGUCGUUGAGGAUCAUCAGCACAGUCUAACAAUGUCUGGGAAAAUCAAGAGCCGAAGUGCUGCAAACGCAGACGCGAUAACCGGCGGUGUGUCCUGCGAUGAACGCAUCUUGCGGGAUUGUCAUCAAUUGUACACGGAUCCCGAUAGCGGGUUGAUCUCUGUUGCCGAAUCUGUCAGUGUGAAGUUGCUGCCGCCCAGAAAAAAGAUUACUGUGAUGCUGAUGGGCAACCACUCUGCUGGAAAAAGCUCCUUCAUCAACUGGUAUGUUGAAGAGCACAUUCAGCGCACUGGAGUGGCUAUUGAGACCCAAGGCUUUAACUUUGUUACAAGUGGGCGCAAGAGAGAAUCUCUUACAGGAAAUGCCACCCUUCACCUAUAUCCACACUUCAAGCCUCUGCAAGAGUUCAAAGGUGUUUCAGAGUACUUGAGCACAGAGAUCUGCACGUCGAGACAGAAGCGGUUCAGCCUGGUGACAUUUGUGGAUUCGCCAGGCUUGGUGGACGGUGACAUGAAGUAUCCCUUUGACGUGGACGAGGUUAUCAUGUGGCUGGGUGACCUCUGUGACCUGAUUCUGGUCUUCUUUGACCCAAUGGGUCAGGCUCUGUGCAAGCGCACCCUGAACAUUGUGGAGAACCUGAAUGAGCGACACGGGGAUCGACUGCGCUUUUACCUGAGCAAAGCUGACGAGGCCGGGGGCGAGUCGGACAGACAGAGAGUAAUGAUGCAGAUUGUCCAGGAGCUCUGCAAGCGACCGGGACUCAACAAAUGCGGUUUUGACAUGCCCACCAUCUACAUUCCUAAUCCAAAUAAGCCAAGUCGCUGUGUAAACCAGAUUGAGGAGGUGUGUCGCGCCAUCGAGAAAACCAUUAACCAAACGGUCCAGAAUACACUCAACUCCCUGGAGAAGGACUGUGAGCUCAUCAGCGAGGCCAUCACUGAUACGCUGAGUAACGACAGGGAGACCAGUUUUAGGAACCGACGGGCGCGCUGUAAGAGCUGCUUGCUGACUCUGCUGGGCUUCAGCGUCCCUCUGGCUCUCAUGGCGCUACUGGUGCUGGGCGUUUUGUCCAAGGAGCUGCUGGUGGUGGCUCUGGGCCGCGAGGGCACAGAGACACUCUCACUCUACCUGACUCCCGCAGUGACUAUGUUUGAGUCCCUCUCUAUGGAGCAGCAGCUUUACGGCUGUGGCGGAAUGGUCCUUCUCUCCUUCCUCCUACUCAUCAUCGCACGCUUCUCCUUCAGGACUCAACCAACUCUGUCAGGCAAACAGAAAAGGCAACUGCAGGAGAAGCUGGAGUACGUUCAGGAGGUGGUCAAGACCAAAAAGAAAAAGCUGUAUGAAGAAUACCUUCGCCAGAGUGUCAGCGAUCAGGACAUGGACUUGUAAAAGACAGAUGUACACAAUGAUUCAGCAUCCCCGCACCGACGACACUGGACCGAAUGAAAUAAAAGCUUUGCCAAGGUUUCACACCAGCCGUCGUGUCAAUCUUACCACUUAAUGUCGUUGAUGUCAAAUUAUAAGCAUAUGGUACACACGUAGAAACCCAUCCAAGAUCUGGUGCUUUGGAUACUGUAAAGUCCGUUUACUUCGUAACCACACUACCUGCAGAUAAUUUUUGUUUUUGUUACUGAUAAACCUUUGUUACUGAUCACAUUUGUUGUGAGCAUUUAUAUACAUGUAUAUUGUGCCUCUGCUUCCACUCAAAGGAAUUCAGGCUUCUACCACUUUUAAGAUAUUUACAAACUAUUUAUAAUAUUCCUUUAUCUGAGACAUUGUAAUUUGGUUAAAUGGCAUAUAGCAUUGGUAUACAUGAGUUGCUUUGCAUAAGAACUUUCACCAGCAUUUUAUACAGGACUUUGGCAGCAUUUUAUACAGGACUUUGGCCGAUUGGUGUCUUGAAUUUACUCUUUUGGUAUUAAUCCACUUCACAUCAUGAAUGUUUGUUAGCUAAUAUGUAGCAUAUUCAGUUAGCUGCACAACUCUUGUUAUUGAAGUAAAUGUCCAGCAAUCAAACAUUUUACCGUUUGACUAGUGACAAAAUUUUUUUUUUGUGUUUUCCUGUUCUACAUUGUGACCAUGUUUUAAUUACAAAGGACUUAAUAAAUAUAUUAAAAACA